AUGGCAGACAAGGAAGCUACUGUGUAUAUUGUGGAUGUCGGGAAAAACAUGGGGGAAUGCCAUAAUGGCAGAUCUAUAUCGAACCUUGACUGGGCGAUGCGAUAUAUCUGGGACAAGAUCACAACCACGGUUGCUACAGGCAGAAAAACUGCGACACUUGGAGUUAUUGGCCUCAAAACCGACGACACCAAUAAUCCAUUAUGGGAGAAGGACGAAGAAGAGAGUUACGCCAACCUCUCCGUUUUUCAAGGCAUAAGCCAAAUUCUCAUGUCUCAAAUUCGCGACCUACGUGGAUUGAUUAAACCUAGCCAUACAACAGAAGGAGAUGCAAUAUCAUCCCUAAUCUUGGCAAUCGAUAUGAUUGUCCGAUAUUGCAAGAAAUUGAAGUACAAAAGAAAGAUUGUCCUCGUUACAGAUGGAACAGGCGCUAUGGAUAUAGAUGGGAUCGAGGGGAUUGUGAGCAAAAUUAAUGAGGAAAAUAUUGAGCUUGUCAUACUGGGAGUCGAUUUUGAUGAUCCAGAAUAUGGGUUCAAAGAAGAAGAUAAGGAUCCAUUGAAGGCCAAAAAUGAAAACCAUCUGAAACAACUUGUCGAAGAUUGCGAGGGUAUAUACGGUACCUUAGAACAUGCGAUUUCCGAGAUGGAGAUUCCUCGAACCAAGGUUGUACGAUCAAUGCCCACUUUUAAAGGCGAUUUAAGGUUGGGGGAUCCAGAGCAAUAUUCAUCUGCCUUAUCAAUCCAGGUGGAAAGAUACUACCGAACCUACGCGGCUCGGCCACCAGCUGCAAGCUCAUUUGUUUCCUCUGCUGUGUUGUCAGAAGGACAAGAGACCACUCAAUCGUCGGCCACUCUAGCGGCCAAGGAGUCGAGCCAGGAAGGAGGAGCUGUAGCUUCUGCAUUAACUUCAGUGAGAAACGCUCGGACUUACCAGGUUAAUGACGAAGAAGCUGCUGGAGGCAAGCGAGACGUUGAGCGAGAUGAACUUGCCAAGGGAUAUGAGUAUGGACGCACUGCUGUGCAUAUCACCGAAUCAGAUGAAAACAUCACCAAACUGGAAACGGACGCUGCCCUAGAGUUCAUAGGAUUCAUCCCAAGUGACAAAUAUGACCGCUACAUGAACAUGUCGACAUCUAAUAUUAUAAUUGCACAAAAGACGAAUAAUAAAGCAAUCCUUGCGCUUUCGUCAAUAAUCCACGCCUUGUUCGAACUUGAAUGCUGUGCUGUGGGGAGGCUAGUUCCAAAGGCUGGCAAGGCUCCACUGGUGGUCCUUCUUGCACCCUCGAUAGAGGCUGAUUACGAGUGUCUCCUCGAGGUACAGUUGCCUUUUGCAGAAGACGUGCGCUCCUACCGCUUCCCACCGUUAGAUAAAGUCAUCACAGUCUCGGGAAAAACCGUGACUGAACAUCGGAACCUUCCGAAUAAUAAUCUGCUUUCCAGGAUGGCCGAUUAUGUCGAUAGCUUGGAGCUCACUGAAAAAGAUGAAGAUGGGGAGACCGUUGAGUCUAUGUCGAUAGAAGACUCUUUUUCACCACUUCUGCAUCGAAUCGACCAGGCUAUUCGGUGGCGUGCGGUCCACCCGUCUGAGCCCCUUCCCCCAGUGCCGGAGAUCCUUCAGAAGUUGUCACACCAGCCGGAAGACCUCCAAGCUCAAAGCAAAGACACCCUUGCUAAGCUCAUAGCAGCUUCGGAUGUUAAAAAAGUCCCACCCAAAGCCAAGGGCCGCAAACGCGACCGGGACACAGACAAGCCACUCUCAGGCUUAAACGUCGAAGAGCUCCUGCAGACAGAGAAACGAGUCAAGAUAUCUGCUAACAAUGCUAUACCUGAAUUCAAGCAACUAUUGGUUAGUUCGCAGGACCUUGGUGCUGUCAAGGAUGCUGUGAAACAAAUGUCCGCCAUAAUCGAAAGCCAAAUCAGACACAGCCUAGGAGAUGCCAACUAUGAUCGGGCUGUUGAAGGCUUGGGAACUAUGAAAGAGGAACUGGUUGCCUUUGAGGAACCAGCCCUCUAUAAUGACUUCAUCCGUGGCUUGAAAGUGAAGCUGCUAGGGAACGACCUUGGAGGGGAUAGGCGUGAGAUGUGGUGGUAUAUACGGAAGAAUAGGCUUGGGCUGAUUGAUAAGAAGCUCUCUGAACUUUCUGACGUGACGGAGGAAGAAGCUCGGGCGUUUUUAUCCGCGAAAUGA